AUGGGAAGGUAUAGUUUUUUAUAUAUUUUUUUCAUAAUUGCUUUUUUUUUCACCCCUGAACUUUUAAAAUGUUCAAUCUGGGAGGGUGUUAGUGAUGAUUUAGCAAAAAAAGUAAAUCAUCUAACGCAUGAAAUGGAAUUACAAAUAUAUAGUCAGCAUACACAAUAUUGUGUUGCAUUAUUUUGUAAUCCUAAUGAAAUAAAAUGUAAAGAUGUAUAUAAAGAAUUUGUUGGUGCUGCAAAUGCAAUCGAUAAAGAAGAUGUAGUUUUUGUUUAUGUUGAUACAGUAAAAUUACCAAAAACUACUGAUAAUUUUGAAAUUAAAAAUGUGCCUAAAAUAUUAAUAUUUCGUGAUUUUGAUCCUGAAAAGGGAUAUACAUUCCAUAACAAAUAUACAAAAGAAAAUAUACUUGAAUGGCUAAGUACACUUCCUAUGCCAUCAGUAGAAGUUAUGGAACCUGGAGAUGUCGAUAAAUAUGUACAAAUGAAUAAAAAAAGAGGAUUUGCAUCUAUUAUUGCAUAUUGUAUUAAAAAUUCGAAAAAUCCUGAUAAAUUUGUACAUUUUGGUGAAACACAUAAAAUCCCAAAUUUAGCAAUAGGUCUAACAUAUAUAAAUAAUGAUGAAGAAGCUCGAAUUGAAAUUGCAAAUGGACCAGGUUCUACAAUACCUAAUGAUUCCAUUAAAUAUAAAGAUGUUUAUAAACCUACAGAUAAUAUUUGGACAUCUGAUUCUAUUUUGAAAUUUGCUACCAAUUACAUGAAUCAAUUUCCUAUUGUCAUUAAUUAUACUAGAAAAUUAAGUCAUCCAGUAAAAGAUGAAAUAUAUCUUUAUCUUUACAAUGAGUUUGGUGAAUACACAGAUAGUACCUAUGUAGAAGUUUAUGAUGUCAUUCAAAAAUAUAACAAGAUAAAAUUUGUCUUCCCAAGGAAGGAAGAAAUCACUGAAAUGUUUGGACUCGAAGAAGGAAAGAAAUAUAUUUGUAUAAUGGAUUAUACGGAUUCAAAUAUAGAUCCUGCUUAUGCAUUAUUACGACCUCGUAAAUAUGUACAGGAACUUACAGAGAAUAUAAAAUCUAAAACAGUGGAAAAAUUUAUUGAAGAUUUUUAUAAUAAUAAAGUUCCUGAAUUUCGAAAAUCUGAAAAACCCGUUAAAAGAUUACAUAAACAAAAUUAUCAAAUAUUAUGUUCAAAUAAUUUUGAAUCAUAUGUUUUAGAUCCAAAUAAAUUGGUCAUAAUAUUUUAUCAUGUUCAUGGUUGUAAAGAAUGUAAACCUUUAUUUUCAUUUUGGGAGAAACUCGCUAAUCAUUUUCAUUUAGAAUAUCCUAAAGAAGAAAUUUUAGUAGCAACUAUGGAUGCAAAAUUAAAUGACAUGUUUGAUACAUCUAUUAAGGUAUAUCCUAGUGCCGCAAUCUAUCCAAAAGGAGAAGACAAAAUAAAGAGAAGAACACAUAUCAUGUUCCCCAUAAGAUUAGAUGCACUAAUUGAUGUGGUUGAAGAAAUAUUCGAAGGUGAUGGUGACUCGGAUCUAUAA